AUGAUUGUGAUAGAUUAUUUCACUAGAUAUGUGUGGGCCAAGAUAACGGAAACUAAGACACCAAACAAGAUUAUAACAUUCUUGGAAGAUGUACUUAAGGAGAUGAAAUUUAAGAAGAUAAUAUCGGAUCGAGAAAGAGAGUUUGAGAAUGCUAAGAUUGAAGAAUGGAUAAAGGAUAAAGGACUAGAACAUUACUUGAGACUUCCAUACCAUCACAAAGGUACUGGUCGGGCUGAAAGAGUAACUAGUUGGUAUUGA